UAUAUGGAUAUGGUGGUAUAUGACCAACAAUUUCGAAUUUCGUUUAAUUAGACUGGCGCUUGUAAUUAAUCGGACAGCAAAAAUAAUUAUUUUGGAAAUUGUCCGGGUACAGAUUUUUAUAGAGCACGAAGUGUCCGGAAUAAUUAGAACAAGCAAGCAGCUGCCGAGCUAGCUAAGUUUAAUAGAACAGGGUACGACUGAAUAGUUGCACUAGCUAUCUAAAACUAGCUACUCAAAGCUAUCUAACUGCAGCACUCUAAGUCUAAGUUACUUGUCGUCUAUGAAUGGUAACUCAACUUUUCAAGGGGUGUGCUGGUGCAGAAGACUACCUAUCUGAUGACGAGGAUAGCAACGACCAUCCCAAUAAUACUGCAGCUGCCUAUGUCACUACUACCAAGAUGUGGCGUCGUAAAACUGCCCUGAGGGUGUACUUCAUGGACGAGCAGAUCCUCAAUAGUUGGAGUGUAGAUCGGGCAACAAUGAAUGUUGACAACAUCCUUGGCUGGGCAGCGGAGUGGAAUACACAGCUUGCGCCUAACAUACCAAAGUUCAUCAAGGAAGAUGUGAUCGAGAUGUCUGACAUCAGGGUCUCUUUUGGAAGAGGUGCAGGUUGCUGGUCGAAGGUGGGGACUGAUGCCAAGAAUGUGCCUGGAACAGCUCCUACAAUGAACCUCACUCUGAAGAACUUCCCACCCGAUUUUCAACGCUACCUAGUCAUCCAUGAGUUUGGGCAUGUUCUUGGCUUGCAGCACGAGCAUCAACGCUCAGACUUCUGGAUAGCAGGCUCUAAGUAUCUUGAUGUCAAGAAAAUGGAGAGAGACCAUCGAAUGAAGUUUACUGAUUUUGUGGUUGAUAUCUUACAGCUUUCGUACAAAGGUGACAUGUCCACAUAUGAUCCUGACAGCAUCAUGCAUUACUGGUUUGAUGUACGUUGGCUCAAGGACAAGUAUGAAAAGUAUCAGAAUCGAUCUCAUGUUCAGCAGUGCAAAAAGUUGACUGAAAAGCAACGGAAAUUCCUUCUAGGGAUUCACAGUAAUAAUGGCUCCAGCUUUUCCCAGCGUCCUUCCCAGACUGAUCUCUUAUUUUUGCAGAAGUGCUACAGUAGCCGGGACUUUCCAGAUAAUGACUCAGGUUCAUUUCGGCCAUCUUUGCAGGGGCCUACCAGUUCUCAAACACCGAAAGAUUGCACUGAAUGCUCUCCCGAUCAGAUUCAGCAUAUCCAGCUGGUGAGGAAGCAGCUGAAGUACGUACAUAAGAUUCGAAACAUUGACAAGGACUCUGUUAAUACAGUCUCACAAGGAGCCCUCUUAGACUACAUCGAAAAUUACACCAAAGGUUGUAGCCCAGACUUCAAUCACUUGAAAUCACACCUUGAGAGCCUUCAGCUACACGAAGGUCUUGUCUCUGAUUCCUGUGUACUGGAGUUGGCAUUGAAGCACGUAGAUGACAAAAAAGACGAAAAAAAUGGCAAAGAACCCCUGUUUUGCAAAGACGUGGUAUAUCAUGCCAGUCUUUGUUGUUUGGCUGUCAACACCUGUGACAGUAUGUCUUCUCUUCAGAUGUUUUUGAGUGACAAAAAACGUAUAAGUGGCCACUGCUUUCAGGAGGUUUCCCUAUCUUACAGCGAACAAGAGCGUUACCUUAUAGCACGGCAAGGAGAGUCAACUUACUAUGUUGCACUUCAGGGCGUCUCGGACGUUCGAGAAUGGUUGAUAUAUCGUUCUUUCAAAGAAGGAAUUGCCGCUCAAAUCAACAGCUUUCCUGUCCAAUUCAUUGUGGAUCUGCUUGCUGGCAAAAUGAACCGAGUCGUUUUGACUGGGUUCUCUUUUGGUGGUCUGUUGGCUUCGUCCAUCACAGCAAAAGUGUGGCAGUCUCCCUCUUUAGGAUGGAAGCACAUGCAGGAGUCUCUAGUUUGUAUUUCAUUUGCUCAACCUCACCUACCUGUUCCUGAGUUAGACAUCAUUGCACAGGAAUCCCCAUUGAUAGCACGUUCCAUGCAUCUGAUAUACUACGAGCAGGACAAGAUUCCUCUUGUCAUCUCAUUGUUUGAUCAAAAAUGCAGUGCUUUCCUGGUGGAAACACGCACAAGUGAGCCAGGCCUUAAGUUGUUACUGCACAAAGAGCCAGGCACAGCUUUUGAAGACCCACUGACCCAGAAGCUUAUAAGGCAGCUUGGAACUCUAAUGAACACUCGCCAGGAAAUCAAGAGAUCGCUAUCUGAAGAACUGGAGAAGUCUCUGACUGUAAUCUCUCCCAUGGCUACUCAGAUGCGUAAUGCCGAUUCAAACCACUUCACCCACUACUCAUUGUGCACGGAUCGCACCGAGAGGGGUCUUACUUUUAAUAAGAUUUCUAAGCAGGAGGUUCGCACUUGUUUCACUGUCGAAGAUGUUGAUGCCCUCCUCCGUAAUCAUAGCAAGCACUCCAUGAUGGUGUACGCUGACAAGCUGGCCAGAGGUUAUUUGAACAAGUCAUCUGAUUACACUAUUCCAGACAACCAUAUCAUACCCAAGUCUGUCCGUAAACUGCAGCCUGUUCUCACUGAAGUGCAAGUAGCCGAGUGCUCUUCAAAUUUGUGUCUCACCUUAUUUGGAGACAACCUCUGGUUCUGCAAAAUGUUUGAGAUUGAGGGAAUUGAGUUCCCAGUUUUAGUGUCUGCUAACUCUCAAUCUAGCAUUCAAUCCAGUCUCUCCGAUAUGGACAGUAGUGUGUUGGGUGAUAUCUCUAAUGGAGAUCCUUUAAGCGUCACUCUCCAUUCUCAUUUUGGGGAGCCUCUGGUUGUUCAAUCAAUUCUACACAAAAAGGAAUAUGCUAAAACAGCCAGACAGCGUCAUGUUGAAGCACUCAAGCCAUCAGAGCUAAUUGAGUUGACAUAUCUCAGUGCGUUACUAGAACGGCAACCACACGGACAUUUUGCUGAUACAACUUCUUUUAAGGCCACGACUAUUCGGAAAUUUAUUGACAAUGCACAAAAGUCUGUCCCUUUAGAGAGCAUAGGUAUGUGUUGUACAUCCGAAAACAAUGUGGUAUCUGAAACAUGUGCUAAAGUAAUUUUAACGCACGCUGACAACCUACCAUUCUCGUUGCCUCUCUGUGAAUUGGCUGAACGCACUCUCUCAAGAGUUCGUGUAAGCGAUGGAGGGUCUAAUUCCCCAGAUGGAACAGUUGAGAUGAUUAGUGCAUUGACUGAAAAUACGUGCUAUACUAGUAUUGACUUUCUGUACCCACAAUGUUUUCCGACAUCUCCUUACGCAGAGCUGGUGAGAGUUAGAAGUGAACUCGAGUCUCGAGUAAAAAAUGACCCUGCCCAUCCUGAUGACGCAACGUUUGAUGAUGUAUCCACCGUUUUGUCAGAUAUCAAAGAUCUUAGGCAUUCAACAUUAGCUAUCUCUGUGACCCUUCUUGGAAAGUACUUUGAGUGUCAAAAGAUCUUAGUUCAGCAUGGAGCCUUACUGAAGCUACAUGAUCUUACAGCUGAUAGAAGGACUGAGUUGCUUCAGAAAGGAGAUGUAGAAUCCAACCAGAUGGAGUCGAGUUUGAUCACACCACUCAAAGAUCAACCAUAUGCUGCUGAGAUUGGCUACUCAUUUUUGCUCGAAAGUCGACUUGCAAAGCUUUGUAAAGAGCUGAGAAUCACUCAAAACUACCCGCUUGACACUCUGAUACAAAGCUGGAAAAAUAAGUUCAAAGGCUACCCAUUAUCACUUAUCGUUGAGUCUAGCAUCCCAGUAGUUGCUCGCUGGUUGAAAUGGUGCUUGAUGGUCAACAAUUUGAGAACGGAGGUGUGUAAAAAGUUUCCUCCUGCAAUUGGGGUGGUUGGCCUUAUCAACUCCGGUAAAACAAAGCUUGUUCACUCCCUUUUUGGAAUACAGGUAUCAUCCGGAACUAACGAAAACACACGGACCACUAUUCCCUUUGUGUACAACUUAAAUGAUACCGUUGGCAAUGUGGACAUUGUGGACUUUCCUGGUGUUAAUGAUGUUGACAAGAGCGUUUUCGAUGUGGGAAAUUUAAUUCUUACACUAGCCCAAGUCAUAAUUUUUGUUGUGGAUUACAGGGACGUAGCAUCAGAAGCAUCAAAAUCUUGGCUGGAUACACUCAGGUUGAAGGAUGUGCCAAUGCUUGUCUGCCUCACUUAUGCUGACAAGUUCUAUGCUGAGCAAAUGGGCAACGAUGGUGAACACCCUGAAGAGUCAAAAAUUAAACUAGCCUUGCAGAGACAGUUAAAGACCAUCAGGUACAGAGUAAAAAUACCUGGAUGUCUGGAUGUCAAAUUCUGCACCUUUAGCCAAGACAAAGAUUCUAUUUUCAACAAUGAAAAGGAACGUGAAAGGCUGCGUGAUGUUGGUAUCAGUACGCCAAAAGAUGUAGGGCACUGGAUAGCACGAACAUUUGAACACCGGCUGGAAAACAAGACCCUUGCAUUAAACAUUAGGACCUAUUUAGAUCAACAUAAAGGACUUUUUUAGAACUGUUCUCUAGAGUAUAAUUUUAUACUAAAACCAAGUCAAAUGCAUAAAAAUUAAUUAUUGUUGUAUUUAUGA